ACGCACCCGCUCGACCUCGUGAAAGUGCGUAUGCAGCUGCAAGGCGAGGUGGCAUCCCCGCCUCUUGCCAUGGCCCUCGCCGGAAGCCAUGCUUCCUCCGGUAGCGUUCGACGACCUGGCCCACUGGGUGUGGGGUUGGAAGUGGCAAGGUCAGAAGGCGUGCAAGCCCUGUACUCGGGUGUCUCGGCCACGCUCUUGCGGCAAGCCAUGUACUCCUCCACCCGAAUGGGCCUCUACGAAUUUCUGAAAACCCAGUGGAGAGACGAGACCCAGGAAGGCUCGGGGCUUCCUUUGCACAAGAAGGUGGCCGCAGCUUUGGUUUCCGGAGCCACCGGUGCCGCGGUGGGGAACCCCGCUGAUCUGGCGAUGGUGCGGAUGCAGGCCGACUGGAGGCUGCCCGUUCACGAAAGGCGGAACUACACCUCCGUCGGAAACGCUCUGCUCCGGAUGAUGAAACAAGACGGCGUGCUGUCUCUGUGGACGGGCUCAGCCCCGACUGUGACCCGAGCAAUGCUGGUGACUGCGGCGCAGCUGGCCACGUACGAUCAGAUCAAGGACACCAUAGCCCAGAACCGCGUGGUGCCGGAGGGGCUGGCGACGCAGGUGGUGGCGAGCGUGGGAGCGGGAGUGCUGGCGUCCGUGGCGUCGAAUCCCAUCGACGUGGUGAAGACGAGAGUGAUGAACAUGAAAGUGGCCGCGGGCGAAGCUCCCCCCUACAAGGGCGCAUUGGACUGUGCCGUCAAGACUGUGCGCUCGGAAGGGCCCAUGGCUCUGUACAAGGGUUUCAUUCCCACGGUGACUCGCCAGGGACCCUUCGCCAUCGUCAUGUUUCUGUCGUUGGAGCAGAUCAAGCGCGUGCUGGAAGGUUGAUAUCCCGGACAAUGACGACAACGCUUUUCAGUUUAGAAUUCAUGAAGCAAUUUGAGGCAAUUUUUUUUCCUCCACAGGGAGCAAGGGAACUCGUUGCGUUGGAUCAAGGCACGAUCAGCGAGAGAGAGAAAGGAAAUAGGAACAAUUUUUUGCAAUCUCAACAACCAGUCCAGCAUUCUAGCAUCCUUCCUGGGUGGCGGCUCACAAUUUUCCGUUUAGCUAUAAGAGCUUGCGAGGCAGUGGGCGAUAGAACCGUGGUCGAGACCAUGUGCAUCUUUUGACACAAAUAUACAUAUACGUGAAACUUGGAGAGGCCAAGAUUGUUAUUUGUGAAGUAAUGAAUAUACGUUUCAAUGAAGUGCAAUUAUUGCUCCUUUGGUUGCAACUUUA